UCUCUUUUUCUAUCCAUGGAUUCUCUCACUCUCUUUUGUACCGCCUCUCUCUUAGUCGGCGGCUUGUACUGGUUCGUCUGCAUUCUCGGCUCGGCCGAGCAGAAGGGCAAGCCCGCCGUCCACCUCUCUGGCGGCUCAAUUGCCAAGGAAAAGGUUCAGGACAAGUACAAACAGUAUUGGUCCUUUUUCCGCCGCCCCAAAGAAAUCGAAACCGCGGAUAAAGUGCCGGCGUUUGUGGAUACCUUCUACAAUCUCGUAACUGAUAUUUAUGAAUGGGGUUGGGGGCAGUCCUUCCACUUUUCGCCCUCGAUUCCUGGAAAAUCACACCGGGAUGCCACGCGCGUCCACGAAGAGAUGGCCGUGGAUCUCUUGAAUAUCAAGCCUGGAGCCCGAAUUCUCGACGCAGGCUGCGGGGUCGGGGGCCCGAUGCGAGCAAUUGCGGCUCAUUCCGGGGCUAAUGUAGUCGGUAUCACCAUUAACGAGUACCAGGUGAACCGGGCCCGGAUGCAUAACAAGAAGGCCGGGCUUGACAAACAGUGUGAGGUGGUGUGCGGCAACUUCCUUCAGAUGCCGUUCGACGACAACAGCUUCGACGGAGCUUACUCGAUUGAAGCCACAUGCCAUGCGCCGAAACUCGAAGAAGUGUACAGCGAGAUCUACAGGGUUCUGAAGCCCGGAUCCUUGUACGUAUCCUAUGAGUGGGUGACCACGGAAUUGUACCGUGGGGAUGACCCGGAGCACGUGGAGAUCAUCCAGGGUAUUGAGAGGGGAGACGCGUUGCCGGGGCUACGGAGCUACAAGGAUAUAGCCGAGGUGGCUAAAAAAGUUGGGUUCGAAGUAGUCAAGGAGAAAGACUUGGCGAAACCCCCGGCUAACCCGUGGUGGACCCGGCUGAAGAUGGGUCGGAUUGCGUACUGGAGGAACCACAUUUUGGUGACGGUGCUGGCGUGGUUGGGGAUUGCGCCAAAGGGUGUGGUGGACGUGCACGAGAUGCUCUUCGUGACCGCCGAUCACCUGACUAGAGGAGGCGAGACGGGGAUUUUCACUCCGAUGCAUAUGAUUCUCUGCAGAAAGCCAGAGAGUAAGUCCGCUUCCAGUUCUGAUUAGGGGAUAAUAUUGUAAUGUAAUUGGAUGGAGAUGGAUGGAUGGAGGUCGAUUUCGUGCUGGUGGCUCUUUUUUGUUAUCUAUUUAUGCUUUUCAUUUUUGUUGCUUAUUGGAUUUAACUUAACAGUUUUUAUGGUUUCUUAGAGUAUUUUGGCUUGGGUUUAGAAAAUUGUCUGAGAUUCCUGCGUUGUUUUCUCUAAUUUGUUGUGGAUGUUGGAGGCUUGGAGCAGAUUAGACAGCCUUAAUUGUGUCUUGUGUAAGAGGAAAAUUCUAAGAAAUCUAACUAUAUAUGUCGUUCCUCUAACACUUAAUGGGAGAGAAUUUCUGAAAUUUUGUCUUGUCGAA